AUGCAACAAGCUGAAGAUGAAAAUCGUGAAAGAUCCGGUGAUGAUGAUGAAGAUUCCGAUGAAGAUGAAGAAGGUGCAAUCAAAGGUAAAUUACCAGGUGAAGAUGACGACGAAACAGCUGGAGCGUCGACCGAAUCAAAACGUCCAUCACAAAGUAAUAAAAAAGGCGAUGACGAUGAAGAUGGUGAUGAUAACGAAGAUGAUGAAGACGAAGAUUGA